CCUGCAUAGAAGAAGAGCGACCACGACAAAGUGUCAAUACCGAGCGUUAUCAAUGUGAAAAAGCGGAUUUAAGUGCCCACUAUGGUUGGUUUUAGGGGAGAAAGGCGGUCUCCACUAACGCGGAUGUACUGGCGUCGUUAGCCCUGGACGAGUGUUCCUCAUAUUGAAGUUCAAAAAACGAUGGGCGAUGUGAUCAUGAUCAGCUCGGACAGUGACUCGGAUGUGGAGGUCACUUGCUCCACAGAUGCACCUGAAGUGGGUAGCUGUGUCGCCACCACACUCACAAAGUGUAUUCACAAUGUUGACGUGAAUUCGACACUGGCGCCGUCUAAACGCCACGAGUGGCUGAAGAGGAAACGGUCCCUUUCAACAUCUCGCACCAUGUUACUUGAACAAGAGGUAAAGUUGGAUCAGCCUGUGAAGACAGACCCGUGUGAUUCACCUGACAGUCUGAAGCCCUGGGAAGGAGUCUUGCAUAGCACACGACUUCAGAUGCCCAGUAUCAAUGCCCCAAUUGGCAGGGAUUGCUCGUCGGUUGAUGACUUGUUACAACUGCCUGCUAUUAAAAGGACUGCAGGAGAAGACUUGACUGAAUCUCAGCUGACAGGAGGUGAAGCCAACUCCUCUCUGUUCUCAGUUAAAGACUCUUCGGUGAUGACUGUUGAAGACAAGCAAUAUCACAUAUGUGCCUCCAAACUCUUCACCUCACCAUCAACAUCCAAAAUUGAACCUGUGUCUUCAAAUCAUGUAUCUCACGAUCCAGCUGACACACUCUUCAAGUCCAGUGGUGACUCACGAACGAAAAUCCAAUCCGAGGCAGUCAGGAGUGAGGGCUCUUCAAGUCCUGCUAGUCCCUGGUACAAGUGCCUCUCUAGUGCUUCUCCGCUGUCUGAACUUGAAGAGGGAGACUGGCCGACCGUGUCGUACAUGGACGACCUCAGAAACGACAGUCCUCCGUGUAUCGAAUGGGAAGAUGACGAUUUAAAUUUGGAGAGCAGAUUCCAUCAGGACUCGAGUGAUGCCUUUGAAGAGAAGACGCAGUUUGUGUGUCCAGUUGCUCUAAAUCAGUUAAUGACUGGAAAAACUUUGACUCCAGUAAAAGACGAGAAACCCAAACCGUCCCAGUUGCUGUCUCGACAGAUGCUCAACCUAAUUUACUGUACAAUCGAUGAGAACUACACCGAAGGCACUUUGCAGCUUGUGUCAGACUUUUUCAAAUCUGGUUGCCAUCCUCCCAAAAACCUCACAAUCCACUUGCUUGGCAUACUGCUAAACCCACAGAGCGCUCCGUAUCACUGCGUGUGUUCCUUCAACCAGUUGAUGAAGAUUCAAAGGCAUCACAUGGCUGACAGAGACACUGUUCCGUGGAGUUGGGAUUUGUUGGCUUCAGUGAUGAACAAUGAGAACCCUGCGAAGAUGCUCAGAAGUGAGGUAGUACGCAUGUUUUUGGAGUACGUUUUGCAAACAGUGACGGACGACUACGUGGAGAAACGCACCGACUCGGACCUUUGCAAUUCAAUUGCCAAAGCCACCUUGUCCUGUGAGCGACACUUCAGUCAUGUCAGGGAUGUGAUCGAGUGGAUAUUUGCGGCGAUUGUGAAAUCACCCGAAUCUGAAGACAAGAUCGAAGCAGCCAAAGAAAAUGAUGAAAAUAUCAGGAUAGUUUCCAGUUUACAAGGAAUGCUCGCCCUGGCGUUGGACGUGGAUCAAUGUCCCGCUCUCAUUUCGUCCAAGCUGUGCCAGGAACUGUUCAACACGCUCAUCACCUGCGCGCCUCGGCGAGCUCACAGGAUGAUGUUUCUAGAGAGCCUUCAAAGUCAGCCUCUGAGAUGUAAGCUGCUGGAGCGGCUGCUGGAGUAUUCCUGCCCAGUGAAAGUCUGUCUCCCCAUGUCGCUCAGUCUGCUUCUACACUUUUUGCAGAACUGCUCUCCCAUUCCAGAUUUGAAGGGUGGUGCUGAAAAGUGGCGCGAUUGGGAAGAGCUGCUCCAACUUCUCUGGAUGUUGCUACUGAGCUACAACAAAACUAUGAAAGGUUAUCUCAGCACUUCGGCCUCUGAAUGCAGCAACUUGUCCAGCAACAUGAUUUUCAAAAAAGAAGAUAGACUGACAAAAGCUUCUGUCUGUGAAGGCGUGGACACCUUCCGGUCCAGAUCCCGACAUGACCUCGACAACGCUCCAUUUCAUGUGGAAGAGUCGCUCAGUUAUCUAAUGGAAUACUUGUUAGCUGUUUGUCAGGAGUGAGUGUUUUAUGUUCUAUUUUAGAUCCUUUAUCUUUUUUACUAAUACAUUGUUGCACGAGUUUAUGGUAUUUCAAUGAUGAUUUUGCCGCGUUGGCCUUGUAAAGAUGCACUUUAAUUGUUUCUC